CUUCUCUGUGUCGGGGCCAGCUGUCGGGUGGUUCAGCGUGAUUUGUUAGUUCUUUGCGGUCAGUUACGCUUCACGAUUUCAACAUGCAAAAGAUAAAGUCUCUCAUGACCCGACAGGGUCUGAAAAGCCCUCCAGAGAGCAUCAGUGAUCUCGGUGCCAUUGAGAGUCUCCGGGUCCCUGGGAAGGAGGAAUUCAGGGAACUUCGAGAACAGGCAACAGACCCUCAAGCUGAGCAAGAACUAAUUAAUAGUAUUGAACAAGUAUAUUUUUCUACAGACUCAUUUGAUAUUGUUAAAUAUGAACUGGAGAAGCUCCCUCCUGUUCUCAAUUUGCAAGAAUUAGAGGAGUACAGAGACAAAUUGAAACAACAGCAAGCUGCAGUCUCUAAAAAGGUAGCAGAUUUAAUCCUUGAAAAACAGCCUGCUUAUGUAAAGGAGCUUGAAAGAGUUACAUCAUUACAGACGGGUCUUCAGUUAGCUGCUGUUAUCUGCACCAAUGGAAGGAGACACUUGAAUAUUGCAAAGGAAGGUUUUACUCAAGCUAGUUUAGGCCUUCUUGCAAACCAAAGGAAACGUCAGUUGCUGAUUGGACUUCUGAAAUCUCUAAGAACUAUAAAAACAUUGCAAAGAACAGAUGUCCGCUUAAGUGAAAUGCUGGAGGAGGAAGACUAUCCAGGAGCUAUUCAGUUGUGCCUGGAAUGCCAGAAAGCUGCCAGCACUUUUAAACAUUAUAGUUGUAUAAGUGAACUGAAUUCAAAGCUGCAAGAUACUUUAGAACAAAUUGAGGAACAGUUGGAUGUAGCUCUUUCCAAAAUCUGCAAGAAUUUUGACAUUAACCAUUAUACCAAGGUUCAGCAAGCUUACCGACUUCUUGGAAAAACACAGACAGCAAUGGAUCAGCUUCAUAUGCACUUCACCCAAGCCAUUCACAAUACUGUGUUUCAAGUUGUUCUUGGUUAUGUGGAACUGUGUGCAGGAAACACAGAUACCAAAUUCCAAAAGCUGCAAUAUAAGGAUCUCUGUACACAUGUCACACCAGACAGCUAUAUUCCGUGCCUUGCUGACCUCUGCAAAGCAUUAUGGGAAGUUAUGCUUAGCUAUUACAGGACUAUGGAAUGGCAUGAAAAGCAUGACAAUGAGGAUACUACUUCAGCUUCUGAAGGAAACAAUAUGAUGGGUACUGAAGAAACUAAUUUUGACCGUGGCUACGUGAAAAAGAAAUUAGAACAUGGACUUACACGAAUAUGGCAGGAUGUUCAGCUGAAAGUAAAAACCUACUUGCUUGGAACUGACUUGUCCAUAUUCAAAUAUGAUGAUUUUAUCUUUGUCUUGGACAUAAUCAGCAGGUUGAUGCAAGUUGGAGAAGAAUUUUGUGGUAGCAAGUCUGAAGUUUUGCAAGAGUCUAUUAGAAAACAAAGUGUCAAUUAUUUCAAGAACUACCAUAGAACACGGCUUGAUGAGCUGAGGAUGUUCCUAGAGAAUGAGACCUGGGAGCUUUGUCCUGUUAAGUCAAAUUUCAGCAUCUUGCAACUUCAUGAAUUUAAAUUCUUGGAACAGUCUCGUUCCCCAUCAGUCUCACCCAAUAAGCAGCCUGCCUCAACAUCCUCAAAAACAGUGACCCUAUUUGAACAGUACUGUAGUGGUGGGAAUCCAUUUGAAAUUCAAGCCAAUCACAAAGACGAAGAAACAGAAGAUGUCCUGGCUUCUAAUGGGUAUGAAUCUGAUGAGCAAGAAAAAAGUGCCUAUCAGGAGUAUGAUAGUGACAGUGAUGUCCCUGAGGAACUAAAACGAGAUUAUGUUGAUGAGCAGACAGGUGAUGCUCCUAUGAAAAGUGUUUCUCGAGAAACCUUAAAAAGCAGGAAGAAAUCAGAUUACAGCCUAAAUAAAGUGAAUGCACCCAUCUUAACAAAUACUACAUUGAAUGUAAUAAGGCUUGUUGGGAAAUAUAUGCAGAUGAUGAACAUUCUUAAGCCAAUUGCCUUUGAUGUUAUCCAUUUCAUGUCUCAACUCUUCGAUUAUUACUUAUAUGCGAUAUAUACAUUUUUUGGUCGGAAUGAUUCAUUAGAAUCAACGGGAUUAGGCCUUAGUAGUAGCAGAUUAAGAACAACUCUAAACAGAAUACAAGAAAGCCUUAUUGAUCUGGAAGUUUCAGCUGAUCCUACUGGCACACUCACAGCAGCAGAAGAGAGAAAGGAGAAGGUACCGAGCCCACACCUCAGUCAGCUAGUGGUUUUGACAUCUGGGGAUACAUUGUAUGGUUUGGCAGAGAGAGUGGUAGCCACAGAAUCCUUGGUAUUCUUGGCUGAACAAUUUGAGUUCCUUCAGCCACAUCUGGAUGCUGUGAUGCCUGCAGUGAAAAAACCCUUUCUUCAGCAGUUUUAUUCUCAGACGAUUUCAACUGCCAGUGAACUGCGCAAGCCAAUUUACUGGAUUGUAGCUGGUAAAGCCAUUGAUUAUGAGCAAAUGCUGCUUCUAAUGGCUAAUGUGAAAUGGGAUGUAAAGGAAAUUAUGUCCCAGCACAACGUAUAUGUAGAUGCACUGCUAAAGGAAUUUGAACAGUUUAACAGAAGGUUAAAUGAGGUUUCUAAGAGAGUCCGGAUACCCUUGCCUGUGUCUAAUAUACUUUGGGAACAUUGUAUCCGACUGGCCAACAGAACUAUUGUGGAAGGAUAUGCCAAUGUCAAGAAAUGUAGUAAUGAGGGUCGUGCCUUGAUGCAAUUGGAUUUUCAACAGUUUUUAAUGAAACUUGAAAAACUAACAGAUAUUAGACCCAUUCCUGAUAAAGAAUUUGUGGAAACUUAUAUUAAAGCCUACUACCUGACUGAGAAUGACAUGGAACGCUGGAUCAAAGAGCACAGGGAGUAUUCAACAAAGCAGCUGACCAAUCUGGUGAAUGUUUGCCUGGGAUCCCAUAUCAAUAAGAAAGCAAGACAGAAACUUCUGGCAGCUAUCGAUGAUAUCGACAGACCCAAAAGAUAAUAAACACAGCUUUUUCCUCAAUGGCGUUGAUCUUCUCUAAACCUAUAUGACGUGAAAGCCAGUUUUUCAUGUACUCCCGACGACUGUCUGCUAAGAAACUUGUGCAUGUUCUUUCCUCUUGGAAAGUGGAAAACAUCUACGUUUGUGUGGUAUUUUCAAAUGAUUUUUAUAUGCUCUGGUCAUUUCUCUUUAACUUUUGAUCUCAUUUGUUGUAAUCCCUUCCUGUAUUGUUGCCCCAUCAAUAGCUAUUGUUAUGUGACUACAAUGAUAAUGUUUACAGAAAAAUGUAACUUAAAUAUAAAAUUAAAAGGAAUGGUGGCUUACUAUAUCCAUGGGCAGUUUUUGGAGAAAGAAUUUCAAUGAAAAUAUGUUGGCAAUUUGCUACCCGCUGAACUUUGUUCUUAAUAAGCAUAAUACGAAAGGAUAAUGUACAGUACCUCCUAAUUAUGACCACUGCACUGCAUGAGCAUUAAAAAGUGUACGUCAGAAAAUUCACUGUGUUCUCUGUGUUUUAAAAUGUCAAAGUUUAUGUCACAGUCAAUUUGGCCAUAACAAAGUGAUCAUAAAUGGUGAAAUUUAAUAAAUAUUAUGCUCUAAUAUGACCAGACUA